GAUAUUAAUGGUCUGCUCUGAGUUUACAGCAGCUUCAAUGUCACGCUUGCCGUGGUUAAAGUAGUUGAUGUAUGAUAGCGAAAUAGUUUUAAAAGCGUAUUAAACAUGUAUAAAUUAAAUUGUAUAUUUGUUAGUUCUGUGGGUAACGCAUGCCGACAGCUCGCCGCCUCCCUAACUACAAAUGGUAGCUCUCUGUGUGGAAACAUUGGGUUGCAGCGCACAUUGUGUACCAGUGUCGUCAGACUUCAGGAGACCGCAGCAUCCACCACAGAAUCUGAGAAAACCUCCACAGGCUUCAGCCACUUUCCUCCACUGCCUGGCGAGGACAGUUCACUGAGAUGGAGUGGAAAGAAGUUUGAGGAGUUACCAAUCGCUCACAUUAAAGCCACAUAUAAUAACACACAUAUCCAGCUGACAGAGAGCACAGGACAGUCGUUGGUCAGGACGUCCUGUGGAACAGAAGGCUUCAAGAAUGUCAAGAAGUCGACGCCCAUUGCUGCUCAGAGUGCAGGCAUCUCUGCAGCUACGAAAGCCAAAGCGAAGGGAGUGACAUUCGUCCGUGUUGUGGUCAAAGGUCUUGGUCCUGGACGUCUGUCUGCCAUCAAAGGCCUGACGAUGGGAGGCCUGGGGGUGGUAUCGAUCACCGACAACACCCCCGUGCCGCACAAUGGAUGCCGCCCACGCAAAGCAAGAAGGACCUGAUCUCUCCAACCCAGAAUGCACUGCAAGGAGAGGAAGCAGUGUUGUGUUGUAAAAUGCUAAUAAAGUGUGUUGUUGUAUAACUUCCCCGGCUCUACGCUGACCUUACAUAAUUCAUUAGUGGAAGUAAUUGCAGAUGGUGUUAUUAACGAGCAGAGCACAGGUGUCUGAGUCCUCUGCUGAGACUGCUGACACGUGAGUAAACCUUCAGCCGCUCUGACGUUGAUUAGGAUACUGAUGUGUGCAGAAACAGACUGAUGGCCCUGUGUGGGGAGAGAAACAGCACAAGGUUUCACUGCAUCAAUGCUGUACUGGUCGCCAUGGAGACCGAACCUAUGAAGCGGGCUGGGUUAAAGCAGUACUACACCACUAAGCUCACAGGACCACACAACAUGUAUCUGAAGUCAACACAUAAAGCAAAUUAAAUUCUCUUAAUAUUUUAUUUAAAGUACAUUAGACAGCCAAACAUCUUUAACAUGGUAUAAAUACAUGUUUGUAAAGCUCUGACGGAACAUACAUACAGGUCAGUCCAGUACAAGAGGUGUUAAUAUGGAGACAUUAACUGAGGAACAAACAUGCACCAAACCAUUCACCAUGGAUGUGGAGUGUUACUGUGUAGUCAUUACUACAGACUUUUCUUUACAUGCUUUUCCAGACCUUCACCAACAUUGCAUUUUUACCAUUCACUAUUUUUUUCCUGACAGAAACAGUUAACGCUCAAAUAAAAUAUAUCUAUUUCCCCUUAAACCUGUAGUAACAUUUAUCAAUCUAGAUUGACAAAUAUCUGUACAGGUAAGAGGGCAAAAACAUAUUUUUGAUGUUGGGAUGAACUGUCCCUUUAAACUCUUUGGAUGGUUUACAUUACACUUGAUGUGGAGCGGGAGUGCUUGCUGCACCAAGUACUAGUGUUUCUAGGGUUGGGUUGUUUUUUUUUUU